AGCGACCGGGACCCGGCUGGCGCAUGCCUGUCUCCGGCCGGACCGUGGAGCGGGCGGCUGCGGGCGCGCGGCGGCGGAGAGCCGGGACAGCGGGAGAGCGUCCGAGCGCCCCGCGGGGAGGCUGGACAGCCCGGGCUCGGCCGAGGACGCUGCUCCGCAGCCGGCGGGCAUCAUGGCAUCGCUGGCGGACCGGGUCCGGGGCAACGGGCGCAUCGCCGCCGGGCUCCUGUUCAACCUGCUGGUGUCCAUCUGCAUCGUGUUCCUCAACAAAUGGAUCUAUGUACACCACGGCUUCCCCAACAUGAGCCUGACCCUGGUGCACUUCGUGGUCACCUGGCUGGGCUUGUACAUCUGCCAGAAACUGAACAUCUUUGCCCCCAAAAGUCUGCCGCUCUCCAAGCUCCUCCUCCUGGCCCUCAGCUUCUGUGGCUUUGUGGUCUUCACCAACCUUUCUCUGCAGAACAACACCAUAGGCACCUAUCAGCUGGCCAAGGCCAUGACCACGCCGGUGAUCAUAGCCAUCCAAACCUUCUGGUACCAGAAGAGAUUCUCCGUCAGAAUACAGCUCACGCUGAUUCCUAUUACUGUAGGUGUAAUCCUAAAUUCUUAUUACGAUGUGAAGUUUCAUUCGCUUGGAAUGGUGUUUGCCGCCCUUGGUGUGGUAGUCACGUCCCUUUAUCAAGUGUGGGUCGGAGCCAAGCAGCACGAACUGCAGGUGAACUCCAUGCAGCUACUUUACUACCAGGCCCCCAUGUCUUCUGCCAUGCUGCUGGUGGCUGUGCCCUUCUUCGAGCCAGUGUUUGCAGAGGGAGGAAUAUUUGGUCCCUGGUCAGUUUCUGCUUUGCUUAUGGUACUGCUGUCUGGAAUAAUCGCUUUCAUGGUGAACUUAUCGAUUUACUGGAUCAUUGGGAACACGUCACCAGUCACCUACAACAUGUUCGGACACUUCAAGUUCUGCAUCACUCUCUGCGGAGGAUACAUUCUAUUUAAGGACCCCCUGUCGGUAAACCAGGGACUCGGCAUCCUAUGCACGCUCUUCGGUAUCCUCACCUACACCCACUUUAAACUCAGCGAGCAGGAAGGCAGUAAGAGUAAGCUGGUCCAACGGCCCUGAGCUUUGGCAGAGAAGAGAAAGGCGAAUCAUGAGGAUGAGAAGCGACAAACGUGUGCGUCGUCUAUGGAAAAGCUCCCCGUGGAAUUUAGUCAGUGACGUACAAGAAGUAUUUUCUUUGCAGAUAAUGACAAUUUUUAGUACCUUUUAUCGAUUUAAUUUUUAAAAACCAAAAUGGUUCAUUCAGGCUUCUCAAAGACUUAAUGGACCUGGAGCUGGCACUCGGUAGUAGAGUGUUUGCCUCACACGCGUGAGACCCUGGCCUCAAACUCCAGCACCGUCAAAGAAAUGCUAGCAACUGCCUAGAAGAUGGCUUCAUCCUGCCAGCUGAAGCACGGGAGAGUUCGGCUCCAUAGGAAUGACAGAGCGCUCCUUCGCUGCAGCUGUGCCGUGGCUGUCGGUGUCCAGUGUCCCUGUUCUCCCAGGAAGGGCAAGCCAACCUGCUGGCUCACCCAGGCCUUCCUGUCGGGAAGUUGAAGUUCUUUCUCGUUCGGACAGGGUGGUGGUCAGAGUUGUAUUGAGACUGGAUCUCACUGUGUCGCUCUGACUGGUCUGGAAUUCUCUACAUAGCCCAAACUGGCUUUGGACUCUACCACUCCAUGUAGCCUUUAGCUUUCUGAUUUCACUGCAGAACUGAAACGUUUAUAGAAAGGAAGCUGUCAUCGACAUGCUCAUGAAACCAAUUACAUCUCUGAAAGUAUCACCUUUUCAGUAGAAACUUAAUCUAAGACAUUCUUCCCUGUUAGACAGGGCAGGAGUGCUUGAGCCCAAAGCCCGCUCAGCAGCACAGCUCUGCCCGUGCUAGAGGGAGCGUCUGCAGACUGACAGUCUCAUUGGUCUUCUCGCGGCUUUGGGCUUUGAGUGAGUUCUAGAUACUAUAUAUGGAGUUACAGGAAAACCCAUCUUUAAACGGCUCAAAGCAAAGCUGUAGAGGGCCAGCAGGUAGAGCCAGUAACCGGGUCCCUGCCCAGCACUCAUAGGUGGGUUCGCAGUCGUCCUGGUAACUGCUUCCCCAGCUUGCUUAAUCCUUUCAUCCCAGUGUUUUCUGAUGUGGCCUCCCUCCUGUACUCCCUGCCUCCCACAUCCUGAGCAGUAGAUAAGGAGCGUUGUAUGUAUUGGAAAAACUGGACUGAACCAGGCCUUGCAGUUUAUGUGGCAAAUCAGAGCAAAGGCUGCCCAAGUUCUAGGCAGAAACUUGGUGAAAAACAGGAAAGAUAUGAAAGACAGGUAGAAAACUAGCUAAUAUUUAGCUACUUGUAUGAGGUUCCAGAGGAAUUGAGAAAUGUUUUUAGUUGAGAUGUAGACAGAAUACAUGGGGCUCCAGCAAAUAGAGCCCUGGGUAUUUAACUGCAAAAGUGUGUGUCUGCCUUCAGGUAUCUUGUCGUUUUGCCAUUCACAGCAGCCGCUGAUGACCGCAGAAGAGUCGGGUCUCUUGGAAUAAUAACUUUUUCUAAGCAUACACUUCCUGUGAGAAAGCAGCUUAAGACAAAGAGACGUGUCUUGUGAUAAUACAUCUUAUCUGGAAUUUUCUUCUUCACAGGAAGAGGUAACUUUUAAUAUAUUAGGAUUUUUUGUUGGUAGUGGUAGUUUUUAGGUUUUUUUUUUUUUUAACCAAAUAAAAAAGCCUGGGUUGUAUCCCCAGCACUGCCAAAACAAAGCCUUUUCAAGUCAUCAGGCCACAGGAGUGCUGAGCUCGAGGAGAAGACACACCCCUAGGUCUCAAGGUUGGGCAGUGAGUCAGGGCUACGAGUUCCUUGGCCGUGUAGACCGCACAGACUUCCAGGGCAGCCCAAAUCACAUACUGAGUUCUGUUAAGGGGAAAGGAAGGGUGCCUGGUCUAGGACUUUUUUUUUUUUUCCUGGCCUCACUAAAUGUGUAUUUUGGAGAAUGGCAUUGUCUGCUGUGUAUCAGUCCAUGUGCUUCCGUGGGUCUUUGUUUUAAAUAUUGUCCUCAGUUUACAGAGUUGUGUUAUUAUGCCAAGAACUGCAGAACAUGCCGUCUUCACCAUCAUGGACCUUUGGAAUCAUGCUCAAGAAACAUUUUCUGUGUAUGUUUAAUGUUUAACAGUUUCCCAGAAGCUAACGGAAAGUCUUCCAGCACAGAGAGCCUCAGGUUUCUGUGCAUUAGGAACAACGGAGUUGAUUUGUACUGCGUACAAAUCCUAGCUGUAGAUAAGCCCUGGGGACCGGAGUUGAUUUGUACUGCGUACAAAUCCUAGCUGUAGAUAAGCCCUGGGGACCGGGGUGGUUUGAAUAGGUAGGUGGGUGGGGUAUGAUAAGUGGCUGGUGUCAGUAGGAAUGAGGGACAGAGUGGGAGUAUGGUGAAUCAAGGCGUGUUUAUAUACGUGAAUAAACUCUCUACUAUUAGAACCA